GGCUCAUAACUGUGUAUUUAAUGGUUAACUAAAAGGAGAGAGAGAGAAAGAGAAAGUGGGAAGAAAAACAAAGAGAGAGAGAGAGAGUGACAAAAAGGAGUCUUUUCAUCAUCAAAGGAGAGAGAGAGACCCAUUUCAAUGUCGCCAUAGAAUCACUCUUGUUAGUGGUGGUGGGUUACAGAGUAAAAGGUCUAGUAGAAGAAGAAGAAUAUAGAUAGAUAAAGGCGUGAUAGCUUUCUUCAAAAAAUUUACAAAAUAUGUAGAUUCUCUACUCCUUGUCAUAUAUAUCAUGCAAAAAAAUUUUACAAAACAAAUAUGUAUCAAAUUUUUAAGAUUAUUUGUAUUAAUCAAAACAUAUGAGAUAUCCGUAAGUAUUCGUAAAUAUCUGCAAAUAUCUAUUUAUUUUUUGGAUAUCCGUUUUUCCGAAUAUCCGUAUUUUUCCGAAACAAAACAAAUAAAAAAAUUAGACAUCCGUGAUAUACGAAGCAAAUCGCAAAUACCUUUAAAAUCCGGAUAUCUGAUCCACGUAUUAUAUGAUUGAGCCGAAUGAAAUCAAUUAACAAUAUUUAAAAAAGUUAUUCAUUGGGUUGAGCCAAAGUCCGCAUUUUAUGAUUCUGGUUAGAGAGUUACCAAAUCAGGAAUAUUGGGAUGAGUCAAAACUAGACUUCUUUUCCACGUAGAAUGGAAACUAACCUUUGCUGAUUAUUUUUCUCUUCUUCAUAUAUCUAAUCUAUUAAAACAGAGUCCUAUUUUUUAUCUACUAUUAACGAGUCAUACUAGGACCAUCUAAAAAAUUACUUAAUAUGACAUAUUUCAUUAUUUACAUUAAUAAUAAAACAAAUUUAAAUUUAAAUUUAUUUUUAAGUAUAACAAGUUUUGUUGAGAAAGAAUCUAACAAAAUCUUACCAACCUUCUAAAUAUUUUUAUAAAAUAACACUUAAUUAAUUUCGUAAAUACUAAUAUAACUUUAUAAUUCAAUGUUAAUUAAAAAUUUAUUAUAAAACAAGAAAAUGAAAUUAUAUACUAUUUUAUAUAUAUUUUUAAUUAUAUUAUGUAUUAUAUUAAAAUAGAAGUACUAUAUGAAUUAAAUAUGUGUAAAUUUAUCUAUUUUAUUUUUAAAAUAGUUUCAUUUAAAUAAAUUAUCACUCAUCAUCAAAAUACGUUAGAAUUCAUAAACUAUAUUAUAUUUUUUUAGAAAAAUAAAUUUAUAAAUAUAAAUUCAUUAACAUAGGUUAAACUUUUAUAUUUACAACUACAUAUUAUUUUAUUUUUUUUUAUUUUGAAACUCUCAACAAUAUAUUGUUUAAAAAAUAAUAAUAUACAAAAAUAUAAUAGUUUAUAACUAACCUUUAGUUCAUAUACUAUUUAAAAAUAUGUUAUUAGAAAACUAUGAAAUUUUAAUUAUUCAUUCAAAAUAUUAAAGACAAAUCAAAUUUUAUUUAUAAAUUUAAUAUUUAUAUUAAUUAUAAACAUAUUCUGAGAGAUGUAUAAAAAUCUUACCGAAAUUAAAAUUAUUUAUAUAAAAUAAUGUAUUAAUUUAGUAACAAAACUAUUUUGAAAAUCAUAUAAUCUCCCACCUUAAAUAUAGUUGUGUAAUUUUCCAAACAACUUUGACAAAAUAUAAAAUUUAAAAAAUAAGUAUGCAAACUUAAAAUGAUAAUGUUUUAAAUUUUUCAAAAGGUAUAAUCAUAGCUAAUAAAGAAUAACUUCUUGAAAUGUAACACGAAAAAACAAACAAUGUUAUAAAAAUUAAAGUAAUCUAAUAUUUUGAAGUCUUAAUUUAAUAACAAAAAACACUUAAUAUCAUAACAGCCAAAAAAUAUUCUAUAUCAAUAAAAUUUACUAAAAUAAUAUGAUGGAUGCUACCAUGUAUACAAUUUACUAAAAUAAUAGGUUUAUAUUCACAAUAUAUAACACUAAAAUUAAAAUUAUAUGCUUAAAAUGUUUAUAAUAAAUCAAAAGUAUACAUUCAUAAAAUGAAAAAUAUCCGCACGAAUGUGCGGGUCAAAAUCUAGUAUCUAUACUACUAAAAGAGAAGUACAAAUAAGAGAUAACCCUAAGACUUACAACUUAAUUACAAUACAAUGCCAUUGAAAUAAUUAAUAAUCUUAAAUCUAACUUAUUUUUUUCUAAAUCUAUUCCAUAACAAAUUCAUGAUAAAUAUUACACUUAAUGCACAUUAAUACUAUAAACCUUAAUAUGUAAAGUAGAAAAAUUACUUCUAUAAAUUCAUGGGUAUUAUCCUCUAUUAAAUAAUGUUUAUUACUUUUCAAAAUUUUAUUGUUAAUGAAAUCAAUUAACAAUAUUUAAAAAUUUUAAAGGAUAUGUUGUAUUUGAGAAUAAAAACUUAAUAAUGAGAACAUAUUUAAAAAGUUCCAUUUUACUUGAUAAUUCUAAAUUUGUACCUAAUUAAAAUUUUCAAAUAACCAAUUUGACUAAUCUAUUUAAUUGACGAUAUUGUUUUAGAUAUAUGUAACUAAAAUGCUAUUAGAAAAUUAUUUUUAAAUUAUGUAUAAUUUUACACAUGUUCAAUUAAAUUUUACCUUAAAUUAUUUUUCUUUAGUAAGGAUUUGAAAUAUUAGAUUUGGUAAUAACAUGUACAUUUAAGUAUUAGUAUUAAAAAGAAUAUUCUUCAAGUUUUUUUAUGUAAAGAAAAACAUUUAGAUAAGAUAACAAUGUUGUAAAAUAAAAAAAAAGUCAUAUAAAAUAAAAAUCCUACAUAUAAUAAAAUGUUAAAGUCAAUAAGUUAAAAUAAAAUUAAUUUGAUAAUAAUAUAAAUACAAGAAAUGCAAUUACUCAUUCUAACAAAUUACUCAUUUUCAUAAGUAUAAUAUACAUAUUUUAGUGUUAAAAAUGGAUGACGAAUAUUUAUAUAUUGGGUUGAGAAAUUAAAAAUUAAAAUUACUUAUAUAACGGAUUGAAAAUUUAAAUAUAGUUAUCAUUUAUGACCAAAAACCUAUCAAAACAUCUCAAACAUUAUUUUCGCAUAUAUAUUUUAGUUUAUAGAAAACACACACAUAAACUAAAAUAAACUAAAAAUAUAUAUUUUAAUUAUUAUGCGUAAUGUCAUAAUAAAAAUAAAUAAUACGUGAAAAAAUAAAUAAAUAUUAUGUUAUUUAUAGAAAACAAAAAUAUAUUUCUAAAAAAUGAAAAAAGUGGUUUCUCUUUUUUACUGAGAACCCAAAUGUUGUAAAUAAUUGUUUCCAAUGUGUAUCAAACCCGACCAAUGAAAGGCUACUAGCAUCUCCUUUACCACUGCCAAUUCGAUAUCGGGUAAAUAAAAAUGAUAUCGGUCAAAUAAAAACAAAUAUUCGCGUGAUAUUUACAUUUACAGUUAUAUAAAUCAUUUUACUUUUACUAUAAGUGGAAUUAUGUAACAGCAUUUAUUAUAAUUUUUAUAGAUUAUAUAAUGGUGUAAAAAUAUUUAGUUACAUUAAGUAAACAAAAAAAACACAUGUCGGGUCGGGCGGGUCUAGUUCUAGUAUAUAUUAAUCUCGAAACCUAAUUUAAACGUAGGAUUCGUUUCUCUGUGUCAUAAAACUAGCCAGGAUAUGGAGAGGGCAGCCAAGAUAAACAAAAACAUGGUGAAACGUCUGAGACUCAAUGACUUACCAGAUGAACUGAUCUUGAAGAUAUUCUCAAUGCUUCCGAACUUUAAAGAGAGCGUUGCAACACAUCUCAUAUCAGAGCAGCACGAGAAUCCUUAUAAUCUGGUGUCGGACGUCACGUUAGAAUAUGAUAAUGAGGAGAGUUUCGUGACUUUCAUGAGUUUUUAUUACGGAUCUUUGUUGUCUGACGAUGAUCAGAUCCUAGAGAGAUUGCAUCUCAAGCUUAACAGAAACUAUUCGGCUUCAGACAUCAACUUUUGGGUUCAAGUGGCGGUUAAUACAUCUGUAAGAAAGCUGAGAUUCAACUUGUAUGGUGGAACCCUAGUUCUGCCAAGUUGCUUGAGUACUUGCACAACCCUAAAAUCAUUGAUACUCCGUGAAGUAACUAUCAAGCAUGUUCCUCGUGGUUUCUGUUUGCCAUCUCUUAAAAGUCUGCACCUUUUCUCCGUUGAAUUCUCGCAAAAGGCAUCUAACGCAAGGCUUUUACAAAAUUACUAUGGUAUAAAUGAUGAGGUUAGAUUUUGCUUGCCGUCACUAAGAAGUCUGCACCUUUUAUCGGCAGUACACCAUACGUCUGGUCUUCUUACACAUCUUCUACAAAGUUGUCCGAUUCUUGAAUAUCUGGUUGUAUCCCAAACCGAACGUGAGUUGAGUCCGGUUUUUAGUGUUAUCCCACCUGAGUCUCGUUUGUCAUCAAUCAAGAGUCUGCACCUUUUAUCUGUCGAACUCUCGAAUGAUAAAGCUAUUGCAACGCUUUUAAAAACGUGUGCAGGCUCUCUUGAAUAUUUGGUUUUAAACAGAACCUGCUAUAACUAUUCGGAGCGUGUUUCCUUGUCGUCACUCAAAAGUCUGCACCUUUUAUCGCCUAGUAGUAAUAAUAUAGCGUGCAAUUCUCUUACACGUCUUCUACAAAGUUGCCCGGUUCUUGAAUAUCUGGUCGUAAGCCAAACCGAACGAGAUUAUAUGCCAAUGUUCAGGGUUAUCCCACCUGAGUCCUGUUUGUCAUCAAUCAAAAGCCUUCACCUUUCAUCUGUUAAAUUCCAUGGGGAUGAAUAUGUUGCAACGCUUUUAAAAAGGUGUGCAGCUCUUGAACAUUUGGUUAUAAGCCGAACCAGAUAUGACAAUGUGAAGUUAUAUAGUAUCAAUGUGCCUACUUUGAAGAGCUUAACUAUUAAUAACUCAAGAGAGAAACGUACUGACGACGACGAAAAGGAGAAUCAUGGGUUUUUGAUAAAUGCUCCUGCUUUGCAGACUUUGAACAUUAAGGAUACUGUCAGUAACUUUCUAAUGCUUGAGUUUACGCCAGAGGUAACAAAAGCGAAUAUCCAGGUCAUUUGUGAGCAAUCUGAGAAUUUCAUUGGAUCUCUUACCUCAGUCCAACAUCUUUCUCUAUGUUCUCCAAAUUCGGAGAUUCCAUAUCGCCGUGGCUCUGUCUUUCCCUAUCUUGAACAUCUAGAGCUAUGUACAUGUUCUGCGGGAUGGGUCAAUCUUCUUGCUUCUAUACUCAAUGAGUCUCCAAGACUCCAAUCUCUCAAGCUUAUGUCGAAUCAUAGUGCCCAAUACAAUGAUCCGAUGAGCUUUUGGGAAGAACCAGCAGUUGUUCCCGAAUGUUUAUUGACGCAUCUAGAGAUCUUUGAAUGGAGACAAUAUGAAAACACAGUGCAGCAUAGGAAAGUGGCUGCGUGCAUACUAGCAAACGCUACUUGUCUAAAGAUGGCAACAUUUUCAACAAGAAGUAGAAACAAAGAUCAUCGCAUGGUCAUGAAGUUAAAGAAACUGAAAAGAAUUUCGAAGACAUGUCAGUUAGUUUUUGAGUAAACACUCUUAUAAUGAAUGGUGUAUGUCUCUAGAAGAGAUGCAAGUUUCUUCUUCCUUUUUUUCUCUGGCUCUACUUUUUAUGUUUGUGGGAUUUUUUCCCGAAUCUCCAUAUCUUCUUUAUAUUAUGAAAACAAAGCCAGUCUUAGAUUAAUGUUUGAAACGGUGCACACUCUUUAUGCAUCUCAAGAAGAUACUCAGAACAAAGAUAUUCGUAUAAUUAAAAUCACAAAAUAGAUGGGAUUUUUGCAAAGAUUUUGUAGAGUAUAUGAAAUAUUUAUACCCUUGUACAAAGUAAUAUGAAAGACUGUGAGCAAGAAUUUUCUUGAUCAAUAAUCAAAAUUCCACUAGUAAGUAAAUAAUCAUUUGACUUCUAUUCUAAUAAACACUAGAUCUCGCGCGGGUUUUUAUUUUCAUUUAUUUUUAUAAAAACAUUUUGUUUUCAAUUCUACAUUGGUAUAUAUUAAUAUAAUUUUAUCGUAUAUUUUUAAAACAUAAUAAUUUUAUCAUAUAUUUUUUAAAAAUAUAAUUGAUUGUUUCCAGAUCACGUUUUUUUUGCUAGAAAAAGAUUAAUAAUUAUUUAAUUCCUAUAAUGUAGUAGACAUAUUAUUUAGUUCUUAUAAUCUAGAAAGUGAGUUAUUUAGAUCUAUAAUAAUGAUAAUAUUAAAAACUAAAUGUAACAUGACUCUCUAAUA